GUAACUGUCGUAAAGUCUUGAUUUACGGCACACGGAAACUAAACCAGUGCUACUGAGUCCACGUGAGUGCAGACUGGCUCAAAGUACCAUUUUUUGAAGCUGCUUUUUGGGGCAAACGUUUCCGAUCAGGAUGCUCUACCUGAUCGGGUUGGGUCUGGGGGACGCCACGGACAUCACAGUGAAAGGUCUGCAGACCGUGAGGAAGUGCUCCCGGGUCUACUUGGAGGCCUACACCUCCAUGCUAACUGUGGGCAAGGAAGCUUUGGAGGAGUACUACGGAAAGGAGCUGAUCCUGGCCGACCGGGAUCUGGUGGAGCAGGAAGCUGACGAGAUCCUUAAGGACGCUAAAGAGACAGACAUAGCCUUUCUGGUGGUGGGAGACCCCUUUGGCGCUACCACUCACAGUGACCUCGUCCUCAGAGCGGUGCAUGCUGGGAUAUCAUAUCGGGUCAUCCACAAUGCCUCCAUCAUGAACGCGAUUGGCUGCUGUGGCCUGCAGCUGUACAACUUUGGGGAGACGGUUUCCGUGGUCUUCUGGACGGACACAUGGAAACCCGAAAGCUUCUACGACAAAAUCUGUAAAAACCGAUCAGCUGGACUGCACACUCUUUGUUUACUCGAUCUCAAAGUGAAGGAACAGUCAGUGGAGAACAUGAUGAGAGGGAAGAAGAUCUACGAGCCUCCCCGCUUCAUGAGCGUGUCGCAGGCGGCCAACCAGAUGGUCCAGAUCGUCCAGAGGAGGCGGGAGCAGGGGGAGGAGCUUGGCGGUGUGACGGAGGACACCGUGUGCGUAGGCGUGGCCCGGCUCGGCGCUGACGACCAGAAGAUCUGCACGGCCACGUUGGGUCAGCUGGUGUCAUGUGACCUCGGCGCGCCGCUCCAUUCGCUGGUGGUCACCGGCAAGCUCCACCCCCUGGAGGUGGACAUGUUACGGCUCAACGCUCAACCGGACGCACUGCGGCACCUGAGCAUGGAGGACGGCUCGUAGCGCGCACACACACACACACACACACACACACACACACACACACACACACACACACACACACACACACACACACACACACACACACACACACACGUUAUCAUUUGGAAUGGGGAGCAAGUUUUUGAUCAUCACUUGUGGGGACCACCCUUUCUACAGGUUGUGGAGGCAUAACAUUUUUUAGGUAAAAUGUCCACCGCCCAGUUAGCUCAUACACAUCUUUAAAUCUCUGGAUUGAUGAAGUAAUGUGCUGAUCAUUCUUACUGGGGACCCUGGGGAAAAAAAGAGUUAAUAUGGUUCAUGGGGACCAAAUUUAAAUAAUUUUGCAUAAUUCACACAAAUUUGUAUGUGACUACUGAGGACCAUUUUAAAAAAAAAAUUAAAAAAAGUUCAAAUUAAAUAUGACAUGAUCCUCAGAAUCAUUUAAAAAGGUUUCCCUUUAGGCAGGGGUCGGCAACCCGCGGCUCCGGAGCCGCAUGCGGCUCCUUGACCACUCUGAUGCGGCUCAGCUACAUACAUGCCGACACCCCCGAUUUUCCCAGGAGAUUUAUGGAUCUCAGUGUCCCUUAUAGAUUACUCCCAGGGAAAGAAUAAUACUUUUUACACUCUAAUUAUUAAAUUAAGGGCGUGCCCUAAUUGCACUGCAGUAAUUGCCCUCUAUAGCAUUUACAUACAGCGUGCCAGUUCAGCCACAUGUCGCAUGUUGUUAUUACUUGCGCACACAGGAGACAGCAAAGCAUACUUACUCAUCAGCCACACAGCUUACACUGACGGUAGCCGUAUCAAACAACUUUAACAUUGUUACGUUACAAAUAUGCGCCACACUGUGAACCUACACCAAAAAAGAAUGAAAAACACAUUUCUGGAGAACAUCCCACCGUAACACAACAUAAACACAACACAACCAUUACCCAGAAUCCCAUGCAACUCUAACUCUUCCGGUCUACAUUA